AUGCAGCCGACAGGUAAGCACUAUGUGGUCUCGAGACCGCUGUAUUCGGAGGAUGCUUUCGACCAGGAGCACAAGAAGACCACAAGGACGCGGAAGACCCUGCUGGACCACUUCAAACAGUACUUCACUUGUGACUCCAAACGUGCUAAGAAUGCAGCCCUGUCUCUGCUGCCCAUCAUUUCCUGGGUGAGAAUCUACCAGGUGAAGGAGUGGCUGCUGAAUGACAUCGUCUCCGGGGUCAGCACUGGACUAGUGGCGGUGCUCCAAGGUUUGGCAUACAGCCUGUUGGCCUCCAUCCCUGCCUGGUAUGGCCUGUUUGCAGCCUUCUUCCCUGUUGUCGUUUACUUCUUUCUGGGAACCUCCAGACACAUCUCUGUGGGUGCGUUCCCGGUGUUGAGUCUGAUGGUGGGAUCUGUGGUCACCAGGCUGGUGCCGAACAAUAACACCAACAUCACUGGCCUGGAGGGCCUGACCGUCGAGGAACAGAGGGCCAUGGUUUCUGCUUCUGUUACCUUCCUCAUGGGCAUAUUCCAGCUGGGCAUGGGAGUCUUUCAGGUGGGCUUCAUCGUCAUCUACCUGUCGGACACCCUGGUGUCCGGCUUCACCACGGCCGCUGCCGUCCACAUCCUGGUGUCGCAGCUGAAGUUCGUACUGGGCCUCGAGGUGGCUGGAAUAAGUGGACCGCUCUCCAUCAUAUACACUCUGGAGAAAAUAUUUGUGCAAAUCGAAAAAACGAACAUCUGCGAUCUAGUCACUGCCAUUGUGGUCAUGGUGGUGGUGUUCAUCGUGAAGGACCUCAACGACAGAUACAAGUCCAAGCUUCCUGUGCCCAUUCCUAUAGAAGUCAUAAUGACUGUUAUAGCUUGUGGCAUCUCUUAUGCCGUCAACUUCCAGGAAAAGUUUGGAGUAGAAGUUGUGGGGAAAAUACCAAGCGGGUUUGAAGCGCCGAUGGCUCCAAACCUGAAAAUCUUCCAGAUGACUGUGAUGGAUGCGUUCCCAAUGGCCAUUGUGGGGUUUGCUGUGGCCUUCUCUGUUGCCAAAACCUAUGCUGUAAAACACGAUUACCUCAUUGAUGGAAACCAGGAACUCAUUGCGUUUGGGCUCAGUAACAUCUUUGGGGGCGCUUUCAAAUCGCUGGCGGCAAGCACGGCCCUCUCCAGGAGUGCAGUGCAGGAGAGCACAGGUGGCAAAACACAGAUUGCUGGCCUGCUCUCAGCCAUCAUAGUUAUGAUUGUCACGUUGGCAAUUGGGUUUCUGCUCGAGCCUCUUCAGAAGUCUGUUCUGGGAGCAGUGGUUAUCAUUAAUCUGAAAGGAAUGCUGAUGCAGGUUCGAGAGGUGCCUUACCUCUGGAAGAAAGAUCGCCCGGACUGUGUGGUGUGGGUGGGGACGUGCAUAGCGUCCAUCCUGCUGGGGCUGGACCUGGGGCUGGCCGUCGGCCUGGGCAUCGAGCUGCUCGUCGUCGUCUUCAGGACUCAGUUCCCGCGCUGCAGUGUCCUAGCCAACAUCAAGGGCACUGACAUUUACAGGGACCGCAAGGACUACACGAGUAUUUAUGAGCCAGAAGGAGUGAAGAUCUUUAGAAUUCCCUCUCCCAUAUUCUUUGCCAACAUUGAGUUCUUCAGAGGGAAGCUUGUGGAAGCGGUUGGUUUUAACCCUUUGAGAAUCUUGAGGAAGAGGAACAAAGCCCUCCGGACGAUCAAGAAACUUCUGAAGAAGGGAGAACUCAAAGUUACAGCUAAGGGACUACUGCCUAUUGGGUCCUCCCCUAUUGAUGAGUCGUGUGACGAACGCAACAUGGAGGAUCUGGACCGGCCCUCUGAUUACUCUGACCUGCCUGUGCAGGUCAACUGGAACUCCCAACUCCCUGGCAACAUCUCUGUACCCCAGGUGCCCAUCCACAGUCUCGUCCUGGAUUUCGCCGCCGUGUCCUUCCUGGACAUGUCUGCCAUGAAAGGCCUCAAAGCCGCCCUGAGAGAGUUUAUUCGGGUUGAUGUCAACAUCUACAUCGUGGCUUGCGACAUGUACGUGUAUGAGAAAUUGCAUGGCAUCGGGUUUUUUGACGACGAGGUCCAGACAUCCAUGUUCUACUUGACCUUGCACGACGCCAUGCUUCACAUUCUAGAGAGACACCCUGACACGACCAAAGUUGACAGUGUACAUGAUAAGGUGCCCACGGACCACACAUUUGACAACCUAAGCAACGGCAGAGGUAGCUUGCGCAGCCGUGAGCGGAGAGGAAGCCACAACAAAGAGGACAAUCCAGAGACCAAGUUUUAAGGCCGAGGGGAUCGUCCUGAGUGCAGCCAGCGGUCACUUCACGCGGCCCUGAGAAGAGAUGCAGAAGAGAUAGAGGGCAUUUAGACAGAGGAGUGGUAGAUACAUCUUUGCAAAGCCACAUAUUUGAAAGGAGUCAUAUUGUUAUAUUAUUUCAUACUGCUGAAUGGUUGCAUUGAGGUUAUGCAGAUGGGG